GCAGAGUUUACAUUGCGGAUGUGAUGGGCAGGUGUAAUUUGUCUUUCGGGUAACGAGGAUGUCGUCUGUGUUGACAAAAAUUGCCAUUUAUGGAGGAGUUGCCUCCGUAGCCGGAGCUUUCUUCUGUUACAAUGCAAUUCAAGUGAAUCUUGCAUCAGGAGGCUACUACACAGAAUCUCUUCGAAUUUUGCAAGACACUCCAGCUGCAUUAUCGGAACUAGGAAAACCUCUUAGACCUACAUAUUUGGACUUGGGAAAUAGAGAAAAUUUGGUAUCGGAGAAAGAGGCUCGUCUCAUUAUUCCAGUGAAAGGAUCUAAGAGUAAUGGAUUACUUCGAGUGGAAGCAUCAAGAAAUUUAGAAACCAGUUUGAAAUGGAACAUUGACCGCCUUCAACUAGAUUUGGAUUCUGGAAAGCGAAUAGUCAUUGUGGAGAGAAUGUCAACGUAGUUAAAUUUGAUUAUUGAAUGUAUUUUGCCUGAGCUAGCACCUACAUUUACUGGUUGGUAUGUGUAUAGCUAGUACUGCAUGCACUUUAUGUUAAAAAGCUGGAUAUAAGAGUAUAUAAUUAGACUCUAAGUUAGCAAUCAACUUACUUGUUCAAUGUAUGUUAUCGAUAACAAAUCAAUGUGGUCUAGUGCAAGCUUGUGUGUUUG